AUGACUAAGCCAUUUAAACUUCACGUGUCGUCAAUUCUCCAGGGGUACAGCACCUUAAACCAGGGACCAACACCAACUCUCCUUUCCACGACCAAACCGUUGCGCCGCUCCCAACAACGUCCCGUUGGCCUUAACAGAACAUCACCGACGUGGCUUGCGCAUGAGGUUGACUACAUGAAAGUCGUGGCUUUUCUCCGCCAUGGCCUGGGCCUACUGGUGCCGCUCUCGAUAGCAUUCACAAUCUACCUCUACAUCUUCCCCAUCGUCCAGGGAUGCGCAUUCCCCGUCGAGUCGAGAAAUAGUCAGGAGGCCUAUGACUUGACCAAGAAGUUCCACUGGCCCUCGAAGCCGACAGCGGACGAUCAUGCUAAGCUUGCGCCUUUUCGACUCCUAGCGCUGGGAGAUCCGCAGCUAGAAGGCGAUACCUCGAUCAUUACCAACUACCUGGGCACUUUCCCCCAUGUGCAGAGUGUUUUCAAGCAUGUGACGUUUCAGACGACGCACUGGUGCUUCCGCGAGCGAGUGCGAAAGAUAAUACACGAUAUUGUCGAUAUAAUCAUGGAGGAUCUCCCCUACUACCUCAUGUCGCAGCGCAAGCGGUUCGAUCUAUGGGGCAACGACUUCUACCUGGCGCAUAUCUACCGCCAAGUCAACUGGUGGUCCAACCCUACCCAUGUGUCGGUCCUGGGCGAUCUUGUCGGCAGUCAAUGGAUCGACGACAAGGAAUUUGAGAAGCGAGGCCGACGAUUCUGGAACCGUGUGUUCAAGGGAACCGAGAGAUUGUCCGACGAGUUGGCGCAAACCCCGAGCAACGAUUACAACAUUUCUGGCGUUUUGGAUGGUAGCGAUGAAGCAAAGCUUUGGAAAAAGAGAAUGCUGAACGUGGCGGGAAACCACGAUAUUGGGUACGCUGGAGAUUUGACCGAGGAGCGAUUGGAGCGCUUUGAACGGGUUUUUGGAAAGGCGAACUACGAGCUGCGAUUCGAGCUUCCCAUCACGGACCCCGAGGCGAUAGCUACGAUGUACUCUGAUUCCAACCCGGAGUCGAAACGGGUCAUCCCCGAGCUUCGCAUUGUUGCUGUCAACGAUAUGAACCUUGAUACACCGGCGAAGUCUAUUCCUUUACAGGAUGCGACAUACGGCUUCAUCAACAACGCCAUUUCGACCGCAGGUUCUGUUGAAUACGAGGGUCAAUUCACUCUGAUCCUCACGCAUAUCCCAAUGUAUAAGCCGGCAGGCAUUUGUGUUGACGCCCCUUUCUUUGACUUCCACACUGCAGCAGAUGGCGGAGGUCUCAAGGAGCAAAACCAACUCAGCUCCGAUGCCAGUCGGGGUUUCUUGGAAGGAAUCUGGGGCAUGAGCUCAAAGAGAACAGCCCCAGGCGGUGGCUACGGCCGCGCAGGUUUAAUGCUCAACGGCCACGAUCACGCUGGCUGCGACACGUACCACUACAUCAAUCAGACAAACGGCACAGACCCCUCCCAGCGUCAAUGGGAAGUAAAAACCUGGUCCGACGCACAAGAUCUGAAGAUCCCAGGCACCAAUGGCAUACCGGGCCGACGCGAGAUCACCGUCCGUAGCAUGAUGGGCGACUUUGGCGGAAACGCCGGUCUGCUGAGUCUCUGGUUCGACCAGGAAUCAUGGGAGUGGAAGUAUGAGUACGCCACGUGUCCGCUGGGAAGCCAGCACUUCUGGUGGUUCGUGCACAUCUUUGACUUCAUCGUGCUGGUGUGGAUGCAGUCGUACGCUGUGCUCUCUGUGAUGGAGGCUUAUGGCGUUGAUGUGGACGGGCCGUUUUGGAGGGGCGUGUCACGGAUGAAGGAUUUUGUGCUGCGACGGAAACAAAGUGUUAGUGAUAAGAAGUAA